AUAAGUAACAUUCAUUCAGACAGACAGACAGACAGACAGACAGACAGACAGACAGGCUGACUCCUCUUCAAACUGUCUCACCUCUGCAGGAGCAGGUCGCUGUUGAAGCGGACACACAUGAACCGGCGCACCGACAGACAGCGGACAGGCUGUACUGCCGUCAUGUCAUCGCUCCUCCUCCUCCUCCUCUUCCUCCUCACCUCCGCCUCGACGUUGGAGUUUCGUUACCACAACAACAGUGAGAUCAAGCAGUACCUCGUCCAGGUCAACACGUCCAACCCGGACAUCACGCACCUGUACAGCAUCGGCCGGUCUGUCAGAGGUCAGGAGUUGUGGGUGUUGGUUCUGGGUCUCAGUCCUCGCCGUCACACCGUUGGCAUCCCGGAGUUCAAAUAUGUGGCUAACAUGCAUGGAAACGAGGUCCUUGGACGGGUGCUGAUGCUACAUCUAAUCGACGACCUGGUGCGUGGUUUCCGUAACAACGAAACAGAGUCGGUGCAGUUGCUGACCAACACCCGCAUCCACAUCCUGCCGACGAUGAACCCCGACGGCUUCGAUGAAUCGGACACAGACUGCCAGUACAGCACGGGCAGGUUCAACCAUAACGGCAUCGAUCUGAACAGGAACUUCCCCGACGCUUUCGCAGGUCUCCGAAGGAAACAGCAGAUUAACGAGGAGGAGCGGGAGGCAGAGGUCAGAGCUGUGAUUGGCUGGUUGAAGACUGAGAGUUUUGUUCUCUCUGCCAACCUUCACGGAGGAGCUCUGGUGGCCAGCUAUCCUUACGACAACAGCAACGGAGGCAGUGAGAACGUGGGCGGAGCCAGCAUCAGCCCCGAUGACGACGUGUUCAUUCACCUGGCCAAAACGUACUCCAGCAACCACGCCACCAUGCACCUGGGCGACCGCUGCAAGGACAGCAGGCCGUUCCUGAACGGCAUCACCAACGGAUACGAGUGGUAUCCUCUGAUAGGUGGGAUGCAGGACUAUAACUACGUGUGGUCUCAGUGUCUCGAGUUGACUUUGGAGGUUUCCUGCUGCAAGUUUCCUCCAGUCAGUCAACUUCCUGCUCUGUGGACGGAGAACAGGAAGUCCCUGCUGGCCUACAUCCAGCAGGUCCACCUGGGGGUCAAAGGUCGUGUGUUCGACGGCUCCGGAGUGCCGGUCCAGAACGCGGUGGUGGAGGUCAAAGGUCGUGAGAACAUGUGUCCGUUCAGAACCGACCGCCACGGAGAAUACUACCGACUGCUGCUGCCAGGAAGCUACAGCUUCACGGUGACGUACCCGGGUCACGAGGUUCUGACGGAGACGCUUACCAUCCCGUACGGUCCUGAUCAGUACUCCGCCAUGAAGCACGACUUCCUGUUACGACAAAUCACCACCACGACUACCCGCAGCCCGGCUAACGUCACCGUGGCCAGCACAACUCUUUCCUGCAACGAGUCGUUCGAAGUGGAGUCGGCCGGAGUCGGCACCAGGUCCACUUGGGUGGGGGUCGGCGUGGGGCUCGGCCUGGUGGCGGCAGCGCUCCAAUCCCUGAUUGACUGAAGCGACCCGGUGCUCGGGUGUGACGGUCGCGGGUUUGAACCAAUAACCUGCAAGAAAACAAACAAACGCACAGGGCGAAGCCGCGAGCCAGGCUCAGGUGUGAAGCCCGCCGCAGGAAGUGCCCCUGCAAAAUAAGAGAUCCUGGAAGGGACGCGGCGAAACUCGCGGGGCUUUUACCGGAAGACAUUUUGACUUGACCUGAACUGUUGAGUGACACCAACUACGACAAGUCAAAACAUCUUCUGCGUAAAAGGCCUACUGGUAGCUGGCGAGCUAACGCGCUAGCAGCCAGGAACAUUGGGAGUCAGACUCGAGCUAGUUGGCUUGAUGAUAAAUUUAGUUUUUCUGUGGCUAAAAUCACAAUAAAAAUAAUAAUAAUAAUAAUUGGUGACCUGUAGCUGGUGAGCUAACGGCAUCUGGGAGAACCUGCUAGUUAGUCUCACCAGCUAACUAGCUACAGUAGCACGUUAGCACUGAUUGAAGUUCACAAAGUUUAUUAUUUAACGUGUUUAGACAGUUAACUAACUGUCUAUAAACUAUUCCUCUUUUGUGUCAUGAGCUAGCUGACUCGCUAAGUAGCCUGGAUAAAGCUAGCUAGCUUAGCAAGUUAGCUCUCAUCCCUCUAAUUGAAAUUCACACAGUUUAUUCAAAGAAACUUAGCAUUAGCACUUUUUUUUUAGCAUUUUUUCUUCUGCUUGACACUAAAAUCAAACGACAAUAACUGGUGAACUGUAGCUGACAAGCUAACGGCUAAUAGGGAAGGCACCUACUAGUUAGUCUUACCAGCUAGUUUAGCAAGUUAGCGCUGAUUUAAGUUCACACAAAUUAUUGAAGAUUCAACUUAUUUGUAGAAAAACUUUUGUCUCGUAACUCUGCUCUUUUGUGUGCUAGCUUUCUUGCUAAGUAGCCUGGAUAAAUUAGCUAAAAUAGCUAGCUAGCUUAGCAAGUUAGCUCUAACUGAAAAAAAGAAACUUGUUUGUACGGCUCGACUCUUGUCUCUCGAGAAACCAUUCCUCUUUUGUGGACUCCGUUAGAGAUGCAACACAGCUAACAAGCUAAAGUAGCGUCUCCAUUCCCUCAAAAUCUACGGAAGCCCUAAAAGGCCAUACAUACAUACAUACAUUUUAUUCCACCCGUUUUCCCGUGAU